AUGCUCCCAAAUUUUUUUUCCUCAAAUAAUUCGGACAGUUCUUUCUCGUUCUCAAACUGGGAGUACUUGACGAAGUGGACUGUUUCGUCUUCAUUUGAGCGGUUAAGCAUUGAUUUAAAUCGCUCAAAAAGAUACACACUCCGGGCAGUCAUUUUGAAGUCAGUAUAUUUUUCAACUCACUCACUCACUCUAUCUAUCUAUCUAUCUAUCUAUCUAUCUAUCUAUCUAUCUAUCUAUCUAUCUAUCUUGUUGACCUCUCUCAAUUUCUAUCUAUCUAUCUAUCUAUCUAUUUAUCUAUCUAUCUAUCUAUCUCUCUUUUUUUUCUUUUUAAUUUUGGGACGUUCCCUCCUGUUUGUUUCUUUAGGAUCAAUUGCUUUAUCCUAUCUAUCUAUCUAUCUAUCUAUCUAUCUAUCUAUCUAUCUGUCUGUCUGUCUUUUUCUCUUUUUAAGCCUUGUUACAUUUCUCUAUUCAAAUCUUACCUCUUUCCUUCUCGUUCACACUCUCUCUUUUUUCUUUCGUUUUCAAUACAACAGCAACUGUUUUAUCUAUCUAUCUAUCUAUCUAUCUAUCUAUCUAUCUAUCUAUCUAUCUAUCUAUCUAUGUCACGUUGCAUUUCUCUAUACUAUCUCUCUUUCGUUCUCCUAUCUUUCUUUUUUUCUUGUUCUCAGUAUAACAGAACCCCCUCUCUCUCUCUCUCUCUCUCUCUCUCUCUCUCUCUCUCUCUCUCUUUCCCCUUUCUCUCACUCUUUCGUUUUGCUUUCUUUUUCUCUUGUUUUCGGUACAAUGCAGUCCACUCUACCUCCAACCUCUUCUUCUAUCACAAACACAAACACCCUCGUUCUCCUCUCUUUCUUUUCUCUUGAUGUCUGUACAACACAACUCUCUCUUUCCCUCCCUCACUCGCGUUAUCCCCCUCUUUCGUUUUUCUCUUAUUUUCAGUGCAGUAGCACCCUCUCACUCUUCCUUCCUCCUUCUUUAUCUUGUUUUCAGUACAACAAAAUUUCUCUCUCGAACCCUCUUGUUCUUCUAUCUUUCUUUUUUUCAGUACAAGAGAACUCUCUCUCCUUCUUUCUCCCUCUCCCUAUCUCUCUUUCCCUUUUUCCUUUCAAUUUCUUUCAAUUCAACAGAAUUUCACAUUCAAUCAUUCUUCAUUUUCCCCGAUAUUUUCCUCUUAUUAACGCCCCAUUUUUAAAGCACCUUUUUCUUUCAUCUCAUUUUUUAGAACUGUUAUUCGAGAUAGCUUUUCAUCCCUAUUUUCUCUCAAAUUCUAUAUUUCCUUUUCCCUUUCUUUUUUCUAUCUUCAAAAUAUAUCUUUUAUCUUUGCUAACUACAUUUAUCUAUCUCUCUUUCUUACUUAAAUCAUUCAGACUCUCAUCUUUUCAUUUCCACCCCUUUUUCUCGCGAACUCUAUUUCUCUGCGUCUUACUUUUUUCUUUUCCUCUCUCUCUCUCUCUCUCUCUCUCUCUCUCUCUCUCUCUCUCUCUCUCUUUCUGUGCCUCUAUCACGCUUUCUCUCUCUAUCCCCUUGCUUUUUAUUCUUCUUUUCCUUCUUAUUUUUACUCUUUUUCCUUUCUCUGGCCUUCCCGCUCAGUGGAAACUUAGCCUUUAUCUAUCUAUCUAUUCUAUCUAUCUAUCUAUCUAUCUAUCUAUCUAUCUAUCUGUUUUAUUAAUGCCAUCUCCCUUCAAGUCGUAA